AUGGUGGCCCGUCAUGCUGCGCUGACCCGGUCUGAGUCCGCAGUGAGCCCGUCGGACGAGGGCUCGGAGGGGGAGUCGGAGCCGGGCCUGCCCCUGGAGCGCAAGCAGCGGAGGAGCCGCACCACCUUCAGCGCCGAGCAGCUGGACCAGCUGGAGCAGGCCUUCGAGCGCACGCACUACCCCGACAUCUACACCCGCGAGGAGCUCGCCCAGCGCGCCAAACUCACUGAGGCCCGCGUGCAGGUGUGGUUCAGCAACAGAAGAGCCAGGUGGAGGAAGCAAGCUGGAGCCAAUCAGCUGAUGGCAUUUAAUCACCUGAUCCCAGGUGGUUUCCCACCCUCGGCGAUGUCCUCCCUGCCACCCUAUCAGCUCUCAGACAGCCCGUACCCCCCCACGUCCAUAGCACAAGUGGUGUCGGAGCAGCCCGGUACAGUCCACCGCCCGCAGCCCCUCCCCCCCACAUCCAUGCCCCAGAGCACCCUGGGAGCUGCAGGGGCGGGGCAGGAUUCAAGCUCCGCCUACUGCCUGCCCUCCAGCCGCCAUGGGUUCUCUGGGUACUCAGAGGGGUUCCCAACAGCGCCCCCUACAGCCAUCAACCACAACAUCAGCAACGGCCUGUCCUCACAGGUGAUGGGUUUGUUGACCCCAGGCGGUGGACCUCACCAGCACCAGACUGACUUCGCCCUGCCCCCCCUGGAGCCCAGCGGGGGGGUGCCGGGCAGCUGCUCCCAGUCCUACUGCCCUCCUGGGUACUGCCCAGCUGGGUACAACAUGGACCCCGGGGCCACCUACCAGUACGGCCAGUACGGGCAAAGUGCCUUUCAUUAUCUGAAGCCCGAAAUCGCCUGAACCGAAGAGCCCCCCCCCAAAACACCCC